AUGGCAACGAACCCGCCGGAGGGUUAUACAGCCGACGACUUCCUUGAGCAAAUCCUCUACCUCCCUUCUUAUGCUGGCCUGGCUGGAGCUGACGCUGGAAACUCAUCAGACGGUGCUGGCCUCCCCCAUCCACCGAUGUUUCCCUUGGGCCUUAGCCUGGAUAACGGACAGGAUGAUGUUAGUGGCGCCGGAGCCUUGGUUGUGAGGCCCGAGAGGGAAGCAUUGAAUAACAACAUGGGGAGUUUGUAUUCGACUUUCGAUCAUUUACAGGCUCAUGCAAUCCGCCACCCAGUUCCUCAGGUUCAGCAGGCUUUUCAAGGUCAGCCAACACCAAGCACUGCAGUAACUGUGCCACACCCUCCUGCCAUUAGGCCAAGGGUUCGGGCACGAAGGGGACAAGCGACGGAUCCCCAUAGUAUUGCUGAGAGGUUGCGCAGAGAAAGGAUAUCAGAAAGAAUCAAGGCAUUGCAAGAACUUGUUCCCAGCUGCAAUAAAACAGAUAGGGCUGCAAUGCUUGACGAGAUUCUGGACUAUGUGAAAUUCUUGAGGCUUCAAGUCAAGGUUUUGAGCAUGAGUAGGCUAGGAGGAGCUGGUGCAGUGGCUCAACUUGUUGCAGACAUCCCCCUGCAAUCUAUUGAGGACGAGACAGUGGAAAGAGGUUUGAAUCAUCAGGUUUGGGAAAAGUGGUCAAACGUGGAAACAGAAAGGGAGGUUGUUAAACUCAUGGAAGAAGAUGUGGGAGCUGCUAUGCAAUUCCUCCAAUCCAAAUCACUCUGCAUCAUGCCUAUAUCACUUGCAGCGCUCGUCUAUCCUACAACCCAAUCAGAUAACCCUACAACCAUCAAAUCUGAACCCUCUGGUCCCUCAUAA